GCUGUUCCAGUGAGUGACCCCCACACCCCCACUUGCCCGUGGAGACAUCCUGGGGACAAAUCCGACCCUGGGAUGACACUGCUGGUGCCCCUAGGCCCUGCCAGCCCCAUGGCAGAGGAGACGGAGGAGGUGACGGGGCUGGAGGUGCUUGAGGAGGCUGUUGGGGCCAGCGACACACAGACACUCAGUGUCCCCAGCGCGCCGGGCGCCAGCACCCCCACCUACAUCAUGGUCCCCUGGCUCCGGACCUUCCAGGAAGCACAGGUGGGAUGGAGUGGGUUGGGUGGGGGGUCAGGGUGGGGGGCUCUGGUCCCCCCUGUGACAGCCACAUCCCUGCAGAGUUUCUGUUCCUGGAGAUACCGUGGGAAAUUGGCCUCGGUCCACAGUGCCAGAACCAACGCCUUCCUGCUGCGCCUGGUGCACCGGCUCAGCAACGCAGCCCUGGUCUGGAUCGGUGCCGUCAGCGACCCCGCCAAUCGGAGACCGCGCUGCCACUGGACCGACCGGAGCCCCUGGGACUUCAGCCACUGGUUGCCCGGGCACCCCCUGCCUGGCCGCCACUUCUGCACUGGCCUCUGCGUCAACAGUCAAUGCACGCUGGAGGAGUGUGAGAUGCAAGAGGCGGCUGCCCUUCAUCUGUGA